GAAAAAACCGAGUGCGGAGUCUGCGCAACGAAGUUUCGGGAGAACCGCAGAGAAAGAAGGAGGAGGAGGAGAACAGCGCCAUUUUUUAUUUCACUGGUCCAGGCUGAGUCUGGGCCCGGUUCUGAUGGAUCUCCCAGAGGAUCAGAAGAUGGCGGCGCCUGGCGGCGACGCGGCGUGGGGCGAAGACGAGGAAGACGGCGUCCAUGGAGGAGUGAAGGAAGCGUUCCGGUCCAAACCCCGGUUCUCCUACACGGAGGUGAAGCUGCUGCUGGACGAGGUGAAGAAGAACAGACACAUCCUCCUCAGUGAGUUUUCUGUCUCCAUGGCAACCGCAUCAGAGAAGUUUAACCGCGGCGUGUCGGUGGACACCAAGAAGCAGAAGUGGACCGAGAUCACGGAUCAGAUCAACGGGCUGGGAGAGAACCACCGAGAGACGCGGCAGAUCAUGAAGAAGUGGGCGGACCUGAAGUGCGACGGGAAGCGGCGGCUGCUGGCCCUGCGGGGCCCCAACGGCUCCAACCUGAGGAAGAAGCGUCUGGGCCCGGUGGAGCGGAUGGUGCACCGCAUCCUGAUGAUGAGUCCCUCUAGAGAUGGCGGCAGCGACCAGGACUGGAGUCCCGUCGAGGAUUUUCCCAAGUUGCUCCAGACGGGUUCGCUGAUGCAGCCGCCGGCGCCGUAUUCCUACCUGAACCUGAACGAGAACUCCGGUUCCCACGGCGACGGCCUGUCCUUCGAUAUGUCGCCUCUGUCCUCGCCGGAGAACGAACCUGACGAGCUGAUCCACUCCUCCUCCGAGUUCGACCAGGCCGACGAUGAAGGUAAGACGGCGAUGAUGAAGGAUUCAGUCUGCUGCUGGUUCUGUUGGGUCUGGUUCUGUUGGGCCUGGACUAGGGCCGGGUUUCAAACAUCCACUGAUCGAUUUGAAUUGAUUUUCCUUUGAAUGGCCCGACAUCAAUUCAUAAACGCUUUAAAUCGAUCCUUUUAAUGCGCCUCUUACCCAUAAUGCCUCACCAGUAGCGUAACAAAGCAAAAUGGCGGAAACUUUGAAAGUCAACAAGGUGAAGGCAAAAACAAGAAGGCAGCAACAAACUGGAUGAGAGCCGGAUGGUUAGCAGGAUUUGCUACAUGGAGGUGGAAUAUUGUGGAAACAGCAGUGUUGUGGUCAAGACCACCGAACCCGAGACGAAGACCACCGCCCCGCGCUAACUGACGCGACAAAAUGAGAAAUACGAUCAAAACUGCUUCUCAAAUUGAUCUGAAAGAUCCAUAUUCCCAUAAAAACACCUAGAUAUUAA